AUGCAAUCGCAGCAGCCUGUCCGACAUUCCCGUAUACCUGAACAACAGGGCAUAGGACAGACGCUUCCGCCGGUCCCUGUCGGCAUCGAUAACUUUCAUGCUCAACCUCUCCCGGCAGGCGUCAUGCCGAACGGCAGUCGUAUACAAGUCGGUCGAUACCAAGUCAUUACUCAUAAUUUCAUCGCUGAAGGUGGUUUUGCCCAUGUAUACCUAGCACGCAUAGAAGGGAAGCAAGGCUACGUUGUUUUAAAGAGAGUAGCGGUACCUGAUACAGAGCGGUUGAAGACUGUUGAGAAGGAAAUUGCUUUUAUGAGACGAUUAGGGGAACAUAAAAACAUUGUACGUUACUAUGAAUCGAGGGUGGACGCUCUUCGCACUGGCGGGUUCGAGGCAUUGAUUUUGAUGGAAUAUUGCCCAGGUGGUGGCGUGAUUGAUCUUAUGAACCGAAGAUUACAACAGAGAUUGACCGAGCCGGAAAUUCUGCAAAUUUUUGGUGACGUUUGCGAGGCGCUCGCUUACAUGCAUUACUGUAAUCCUCCAGUACUUCACCGAGACCUAAAGGUAGAAAAUAUUCUCAUCUUGUCGCAGAAUCAUUUUAAGCUUUGCGAUUUUGGAUCGGCGGCUCUGUCCAAAGGAGAUUACGUACCAAAGACCUUGCAAGAAGUUCAAAAACUGGAAGAUGAUAUUCAGCGCCAUACAACCUUGCAAUAUCGUGCACCCGAGAUGAUUGAUAUUUAUCAAAAGAAACCAAUCAAUGAAAAAGCGGAUAUUUGGGCUUUAGGUGUACUUUUGUACAAACUUUGUUACUAUACGACUCCUUUCGAGGAGCAAGGACAACUGGCUAUUUUGAACGCGCAUUACACCAUACCGAAUCAGCCCAUGUUUUCCGACAGUCUUAUUCGCUUGAUCCGAUCAAUGUUACAGGAGGAUCAAACAAAGCGACCGAAUAUUUACCAAGUGGUACGAUCGGUAUCGCAGAUGAAAGGUGUCGAAUGCCCCAUUCGUAAUGUAAGCUCAUGA